AAAAAGCGUUUAUGUAAAAAAAAGCACGUGUUCUUAUAAUAAGCCGAAAUUCCUUGAAAUGUACCCAAAUAUUAGUAAGAGGAACCUAAGUAAAUGUAAAAACUAAAUCAACUUAACACGCUUUCAAUAUAAGUAGACUGUCAUAGUUACUCAUCAUGCGAGAAGCGAUGGAGCCAUGAUGAAAUCAGGAAAAUGCUCGACUUUGUAAAACGGAAUAGGAAACUUGAGGUACCCUCUGCUAAACUAUUUUACGAAGCCAUGAUGCAGGAGACCGGAAUCGAAGGCUCGUGGCAGAAUAUGAGGUGCCAAAUGAGAUUUCUUAAAAUGACCUUAUCGAAAGCAAAUAACUGGCUGUCCACUAAUGACUUUAAUCUGAAAGACAAGAAAUCGGCAAUUGAAUACGCACGUGACCGCUUUUGUCCAUUUUAUUAUGAAUUGGCGGAGUUGUUUGGUCAAGAGUUUUCGACUUUGGAAUUGUGUAGUGACGCCAAUCAAGAAAACACUUCCUCGUCGUCCGAUGAAAAUGAAGAGCCCAGUGUUUCUGCAAAAGCUAAAAAAGGAAAGAAUCGAAAUGGUGCGUCUAAGCCGAAAAUCCGACGGAAAGAAGCCUCUCUAGAGGCUGCUAAACUGCAAAUCGAAGGCGAAAAAUUUCAGUGGGCCAAGGAGAAGGAGUACAGAGAGUUGAAAAUUAAAGAAAAGAAAGUGGAAAACGAGUUAUAUUUGAAAAAAUUAGAACUCGAGCACAAGAAAGAAAUAGCCAUGUAUAAGAUUCAAAUGAAACGCAAGGACAAUCCUGAUAAAAGUCCAGAGGACUGAAAAUAACUUUGACUUACCAAAAAGAAGCAACGAAUUGGAACUGCACCUGUCACGAAAGACCUUACAUUUUACAAAAGUACAAAUAUUGUAUUCACUAGUUUAUAAUAAGCUUUAGAAAAUGAUAUCGGUUUCGAACAUUACUCAGCUCACUCCCUUAAUAAAAUAACAUUUAACAUA